CUCAAAAAGCAAGCGACAUAAUUGACAUUGGGUAACUUCUGUUUUUUGGUCACCAGAGAACAGAUCCCAUUGUUAUACAACACCAUCGUCCCUGAAGCUGAUGACCAGAGUUAGAAUCCAAUAACAUCUGGAGGGCCACACUACAGUGUAAGAGACAGAAUGUUGUGAAUAUAUUUGUUUUAUCCAUUUGUACUGCACCUUUCAACACCUGUUUACUUUUCUACAUAUAGGUAAGCCUACCUGAGAGCUCUCGACAACAGAGAAAAUGACCCAUAUGAAGUCCCAAGCUUUGAAAGUAAGAGGACGUGCCUUUAAAGAGCAUGAACCAUUCAGACAUUACAGUCCUGGAUCACUUCUUACAGACAGGACUAUCAAACCAAGAGUUACACCUGGCACAGUUGGUGUGGCAACUGGAAAUCAAGAAACAAGCAGGAAAGUUGGGAGCGACCCUAUGGCAUCCUUAGGUGAAGAGAACAAUUCUCUGGAAAAGUUUAAAGCUCUGCAAAAGAAACACCUGCAGCUCAAAGGUAUUCUAAAAGAAAAGGAGUCAUCAAUAUCAAGAUUAACUAAACUAAUAAAAGACCAGGCUACUGAGUAUAGAACAGCAAUAGAAUUUGAAAAAGAACACCAGAAAGAGACUGAAAGACAACUGGAAGAAUCAGAACAUUUAGUCAAGGAGCAGAGCCAGUUGCUCGAUGAAACUGUAGCACAUUACACAAAAAUAAUUCAGGAACAAGAAACACAGCAUGCAGAGCUGGUGCAUGAAAUGAAAAAACAGAGUGAGGCUGAUAUAAGGCGCAGAGAAGAAAAUAUUCUCAAGAUAAAGCAAUAUAUUUCUGGUACCUUCCAAGAAAAAUCCCGGGAACAUCAACAACAGACACAUGAACUCAGGAGAGAAAUAAAUAAAUUCAUGGAGAAAUCACAUAUUCUCAAAACAAAACUUGAAAAAGAACUCAAUGCAAAAAAGAGGGACUGCAAAUCGAAAGAGAUCAGUCCAUAGUCAUGCAAGCAACUUGGGUCAGGUGUGUAUGCUUGUUCCAAGGCUUAUUUCCCAGGAUGGCCACUCCUAGGAGCUAUGAGAGAUGCCAUAUUUGCACUCAACCA